AUGGGCUUGGGUAUUGUUGCGAGGGACCAUGUGGGUAGAGUGGUUGCAGCUCGAAGCAUCUCAAAUGUGGGUUUUCUUGAACCAAUGGCAGCGGAGGCCUUGGUCGCUUUCUUUGCAGCCAACUUCUGCAAGGAAAUAGGACUUACUCAUGUGAUGUUGGAAGUAGAUGACCUACUCGUGGUUAAUGCUAUGAACUCAGGAGUGCACCAAGGAGGCAGAUGUGAAACUCCAGCAUGUAUUCGUGAUGUUGUUUUGACAGAACAAUCAGAUAUGUCAUUGAUUAACUCAGGAGUGCACCAAGGAGGCAGAGAGAAGAUGGUGGAAAGAUUUAUAUUCAUUUUUUUGGCAACGACUUUGCUCGUAUUAAGUGGCGGGGUUGAUGCGAAAGCGAAAGCUAGAAAACGAUUAUCAGAAGUUAAUCAAAAACUGAAGCUUCUCAACAAGCCUGCAGUCAAGAGUAUUAAGAGUGAAGAUGGAGAUAUUAUUGACUGCGUUGACAUCUACAAACAACCUGCUUUUGAUCAUCCUGCAUUAAGGAACCACACCAUUCAGAUGAGACCCAGUUUUAUUCUCCCAUACGAGUCUUCUCAUCUGCCAGCACCAUCUCAAACUUGGCAAAAAAGUGGAAGUUGUCCAGAGGGAAGUGUCCCCAUUCGCAGAGUUGGAAGGCAAGAGUUAUUGAGGGCUGCUUCCCUUGAGCACUUUGGAAGGGACGGCCUGCCAACUUCACUGCAGGCAGUGAACACAACAAGUGAUCAUCGCUUUGUAUACUAUAACGCCUCCAAAAUCUCCGUGUUUCCUGCAGCCGACCACUCGAGUGCAUUUCUUAUUACAACGGGAUAUAAUUUUCUUGGAGCUAGAGGAGACAUAAAUAUUUGGAGUCCAAGUGUGGAAUCAUCCGAUGAAUACACCACUGCUCAAAUUUGGCUCAAAAAUGGCGUUGGUGACAUUGAAUCUUUAGAAGCAGGCUGGAUGGUCAACCCAAAUUUAUUUGGUGAUGCAAGACCACGGCUGUUUGGACGUUGGACAGAUCCAAGCACUGGUUCUUGGUGGCUAUUAUAUGGUGAUGAAAUAGUAGGGUAUUGGCCGGGAAGUAUCCUGAAUUAUAUGCAACAAAGUGCUACGAAAGUUCAAUGGGGAGGAGAUGUUUACAGCAAAAAUGUAAUGACAAGCAGCAACCACACAGCAACAGCCAUGGGGAGUGGGGGUUUUGCAAAUGGUUUGUGGGGAGUUGCAUCUUUUAUCAACAAGCUUAGGAUCGUGGAUACCUCUCUCCAGCUGAAGUACCCUCAAUGGGUAUUCGAAUUCAGCGAGGAACCCAAUUGCUAUACCACUAAUAACUACAGGGAAAAUCCUGCCGACGAGCCUACUUUCUACUUUGGAGGGCCUGGUCGAAACCCUAAUUGUCCAUGA